AUGGGAGUCACUAGGGGAUUACCCAGAACGCUAAAUGAUCUACAAGAUGUAGCAAUUUCAAAUAAAAAGUCAUUACCAUUAGUUUUACGAAGGUUAUUCAAAAAUCCUAAAAACUUAGAUUUUGAAACCGCAAUGUGGGAAAUGAUCAAUUUAAUAUUCCAUCCGAGAAAGGCAUUUAGAUCUUUUUAUUAUCAAAGACAAACUAAAAACAGAUGGGCUAGAGACGAUCCGUCAUUUUUCAUUUUGCAGAUAUUAUUAUUAACAGCAACUUCCAUUGUUUGGUCCAUUUUUUAUGGACAUAGUUUUAUGGGAGGGCUAAAAAUGAUGAUAAACAUGAUUAUAGUGGAUUUUUUUCUAUUUGGCUUUACUGUUGCCACUAUAUUUUGGGCCAUUUUAAAUAGGAACUUUUUUAAAUUCAAAUCUUCUAGAAAUAUGAAGGUUGAAUGGGCAUAUUGUUUUGAUAUCCAUUGUGAUUCUUUUCUAAUUGUUUGGGUCCUGUUAUAUUUUUUACAAUUUAUACUUUUACCAGUAAUAAAUUUGCAUAAAUGGAUUGGGUUGUUUAUAGGUAAUACAUUAUAUGCGAUCUCCUUUUGUCAUUAUUUUAUUUUAUCUUUCUAUGGGUAUAGCCAAUUACCAUUUUUAAAAAAUAUAGAUUUUAUUCUAUUGCCCUCUUUGGUUGGUAUUGUUAUAUAUUUAAUAAGUUUAUUUGGCCUUAAUUUAGCAAAGACAUUUAGUUUUGAUAACUUUAGAUAA